GCGGGGAUCCCGCAAACAUUUAAUUCUUAGGUGAUUUGAUCAGUCUUUCAACGAAGUCGUACGACGGUAAUACCGGUGUCUUGUAGUUUAAAUAGUUUUGUAUUAAAUAUAGUGCACAAAUAGUAUUUUGUGAAUGGAUUAUAACGUUACCUAAACAUAUAUCUCAGACGAAAAUGAGACUGUUCAAAAGGCGAUGUUCCGAUCCAAACCCCCAAUUGGUCAGCUUAUCUCCAUUAUCCGAAUCCGAUAACUUAUCCAAGUCAUCUAGGCAGCCUAGCUCCGAAAGCAUAACGGAAAGUUCGAAGUCUAGUAUAGCAACAUGGAGCAAGAUGGUGGGUCAAAAAUGGGAUCAAAUAAAACGAAGCAAUUCCAGUGAGUUAUUGCAAGUAAACACGGGUCGGAAAAAACAUUGGUCCCCAUCUAAAUCGCAGGAUGGGGGGAAAAAAAUAUCCAGAGUCGAAUCACUAAAGAACGUAAUUACAAACUCUGACAUGGAAGAGGCCACUUUGAGAAAUAUAUCACAGACCGACCUACGAAAGGUCUAUGAUCUAUACAAAAAUGUAAAUCCAAGUGAGCAUAACAGCGAUAGAACGACUAGGAAUAAAAGAAGAGUUAAAAGUACGUCUGACAAUUUAGAGCUGAGUCAGCAACAAUUGUUGGACUAUCUUAUGUUGAUGCAACCGGAUGCUCACGAGUUGGACAAAAUAUUUACCGAGAUCAAUGAAAAUCCCAAAUCUAGAAACAAGUUGGACAUAGUGAAUGAAGAAAAGAACAACUCAAAACCAUCUAGGUUUAGAAUGCGUAAUAUAUUUGGCUUACGAUCGUCUUCAAAAAGUGAUGAUGAAUCGGAUUUUAAACCGUCACGAAUUUUGACAUCAACUGGUUCCUUAACAAGCCUCACAAACUUCAUAAUACCGUCAAGGAGACACUCCAACAAUUCACCUGUGAUGAGUGCCAAAAUAAAAUCCGACGAAAGCGGAUACGGUUCGGAUUCCACUCGAACAGCAUCGAUUGAUUCACCUAGGGGCUCCAUCAAGUCCCAAAAUUCCGACAUUAAGGACAACAAUAACUUACCAAGCAAAAACAAUGCGUACCACGACGAUACCGACACGGCUGAGGAAGACGACGAAACAAUCAUCGUGAAACCGAAAAAGUUCGGACGAUCCAUCAAAAAACUAACCAACAAAAAACGUUCAAGAUCCCACAGCGAAGAAAACGACACCUUCUCCAGAAGAAAAAGCAUCCGCCUCAAAAAAUCUCCCAGCAAGGUGGAAAAAUUUAAAGUUUCCAUCGAAGACUUAAGUCAAACUUGUUGCGACAAGCUCAACAAACUCAAACUGAACGCCGAGAUGAAAAUAAACAAGCCUAAAGAGAGUUGCAAGAUUUUCGAAAGGGAGUUCAAGUGUGUUAGGCUUGUUUUGGAGAAAAACGAGAGCAUUGGCAUCAUUAUAUCGCCCCGUGAAAAUGGCUCAAAUGUAAGUUACACCAUCGUGAGUAUGACACCCAGAUCUGCAGCUGAAAGAAACGGUAAUCUACGUCUGGGCGACGAAGUGAUCAAGCUCAAUGGUGUCCGAAUAAAAAACACGCCAUACACAUUCGCUGAAAAGCAUCUGGCAGCUAUCAACAACGAACUGGAGAUCGUUGUUUCCAGGUUACCAUCAAAUAAUAACAAAACGACUAAAACGUACAAACGCAGCAGUUCUUCAAGCGUUCUAGAAAUGCCCGUACUAAAAUAUUCCUCAAAACCCGACUACUUAGCACCGAUCAAAGUCGAAUUUACUAAAAGUACAGGAAGGCUUGUUAACCUAAGCGAAAUAACCAGCAAACAUGAUAACGUUGAAAGCCGUGUCACUUUUACCGAAAAGAAAGACGAUGUUUUCAAAAAACCUUACGACAAAUCGAAAAAUACUAAACCCGUAACUGGAAUGAGAAAAUUUUCAUACACCUCAGAUACGCCGAUCAAGCUUAACAACGAUCAAAUAAACGCAAAGCAACAAAAAAGUGCCACGAGCAAAAUUAUCAAUUUUAACAAAGGUCCCGGGUAUAAAUCCUUGGGAUUUUCAGUGGUGGGCGGUAAGGACUCGCCAAGAGGACCAAUGGGCAUUUACGUCAAGACCAUUUUUCAACAAGGACAGGCUGCUGAAAGUGGAGAGCUCAAAGAAGGCGAUGAGUUGUUAUCAAUAAACGGGCAAUCCUUCAAAGGAUUAAGCCAUCACGAAGCAGUGGCCUUAUUCAAAAACAUAAAAUUUGGUGAAGUACUAAUCGAAGUUGUUAAAAGAACUUCGUUCAAUAAAUUCUCAAGCUCUUUAUAAACAAAUAUUAAAAAACUACGACAAAAUACAGUACCUUUAAAUAUUCUCUUUUCUUGACUAUUUUUCGUUUAAAAUCAAAGAUUUAUUAUUUAUUUCUUUCUAUUUAAAGGUACUGUGUGACCAUUUCUAAUCCCUCUUCUGACUGCCUAUUUAAUAAGGUAUACAUUUUGUACAUACCUAUAAUAUUGUUUGCAAAAAUUAAACUUAAAAGCCAAAAAAUAUACUAAUUAUUAACAUAGUAUUGUAAAUUAUUUAAAGAAUCAAACUUAUUGGCUGUGACAAAUUUUGCUAUUGUACAAAACUAGCUUUGUAUUUCUUGAAAUUAGAUUUAAUUUUCUUUACAUAUUCUUUAUAAUUACUGUAAUAUAUUAAUAAUAAAAUAAUUUAUAACACUC